GUGAGGCGUUGCGUAACGCGUGUAAACAGGAGGAACGUGAAGAGCAAAGUGGGAAGCUGAAGAAGGAGAAGGUACCGAUUUCGCCAUUCCGAGCGGAUAUGGAUGUUUUUUCUUGCGCUGAAACGUGCUCGUCUCCGUCCAGCACGAGCGCCAAAGGAAUUCUAACCUUAACACUCCUACAGGUUCGAGCUGUUUACUGAAACCAACCGGGAACUUUCCCCUUUCCACACACAGCGCUAUUCCUCCUGCAAACAAGAUCUAACACAGAAACACGGAACUGGAGACGAGAAGUGACUCGGUAAGAAGCUGAAUAUCAGACCUGUGUCUCAGCAUGAAAGGCAGACCCAGCAGUUUUGUUCUGCCAAUUCUCAUACUUUGCAUCUGUCUUCUUGUGGUAGAAUCUACUUCAGAAUGCUUCAUUAAAGAUGAUAAAGCCAAAUGUGGUGUGAGAAACCUGGACAAGGUGCCGGUUUUGCCUCCUAACAUAACUUAUUUGGAUCUGAGUGUAAAUGCCAUUAGUGAAAUCCAUGAGAAAUCCUUUUAUGGUUUGGAAAAGCUACAGAUUCUUAUAAUCCAGCAACAGGAAGUGAGGCUUGUCUUGAGGAAUAAUGCCUUUAGUGGACUGUCCAAUCUGAUAAAACUGGAUCUGGCUUACAACACCAACCUACGAGUGGAUCCAGGAGCAUUCCAUGGAUUAUUCAACCUUCAGAUACUCGAUCUUUCAGAGUGCAAGUUAUAUGACCCUAUUCUUUCAGGAGACUACCUGAGACCUCUGGUGUCUCUGGAGCAGCUUUCACUACCUGGAAAUAAUAUACGGAAAAUCCGUCCAGCUUCUUUCUUUGUCAACAUGAGCAGAUUGCACAUUGUAGAUAUCUCCCAUAACUGGAUUAACAGUUUCUGUGAAGAAGAUUUAUUCCACUUUCAAGGGAAACACUUCACACUGCUGAAAUUGCGUGAUAUCAAAAUGUCUGAUAUGAAUCCAUAUUGGGGUUCGUGGAAUAAAUGCGGAAAUCCGUUCAAGAACAUGUCUAUGACGGUGCUAGAUUUGUCUCUAAACAGCUUCAGCGUCGACAUGGGAGUGCUGUUCUUCAGAGCGAUCCGAGGAACCAAAAUUCACAUUUUGAUACUUAAUCACAGUGGCAGCAUGGGAAAGGGAGUUUGGUACGACAAUAUGAAAGACCCAGAUCGAGACACAUUUAUGGACCUGGCUGAGAGUGGCAUUAUGGCUCUGGAUCUGUCCAAAGCUAGCAUUUUCACUCUUAAAGAUUCGGUAUUCAGUUAUAUGCCAGAUCUGGUGGAAAUUUCAUUAGCUAGCAAUUUUAUCAACCAAAUUAAAGAAAAUGCUUUUUUUGGCCUGGACAAUUUAAGAACGCUCAAUCUGUCUCAUAACCUUUUGGAUAAAAUCGAUUCUGAAACUUUUAAGAAUUUAGAAAGUCUUGAGACAUUGGAUUUAUCUGAAAAUAACAUACGCUUACUUUCGCCUCCGUCGUUUCAAGGACUUCCCAAACUAGCUAACCUGCUUCUCUCUGAAAACUCCAUACAGUCCCUGUAUACACUGGCAAACCUUCCAUCACUUAAUAUGCUUUACUUAGACAAUAACAGAAUUAAACACCUGCAUGAGUUUCCAAGCCAAGCAAGAAACAUAAAAGCCAUUAAUUUGCAGUUCAACAGAUUAAGUAAUGCUGCGAAUGUCUAUAUCAUAUUAGCGGAAUUCCCCAACAUUGAAAUAAUAUUUCUUGGAGGCAACACCUUUUCGCACUGCUACCUUGAUACUAACUAUUCCGUGUCCCCUUUAAACAAUGUACAAAUUCUUGACCUCCAUAUGACUGGCUUUCAAAAUAUUUGGCUAAAAGGAUCGUGUCUUGACAUGUUCGACCACCUUCACCAGUUGCAGACGCUUCUUCUUAACAAAAAUUACAUUCAGUCACUUCCAGAAAACAUUUUCAAGGGACUCACCUCUUUGAAUUUUUUAGAUUUAUCCUUCAACUCUCUAACCUAUAUACCUUCUGGCAUAUUUCCUGGAAGUCUGAGGAUGCUCAACCUUGCUUUCAAUAAUCUCGGUUCUGUUGAUCCACAAGCCUUCAGCACCCUGACCCUCAUCAACUUGCAUGGGAACCGGUUUCUUUGCGACUGCGAUCUGAGAGACUUACAGACAUGGUUAAAUGAGACAGAUGUGCAAAUGGAUUCCCCUGCAGAGGAACUGAUGUGUGAGUUUCCUGAAAUGCAGCAAGGGAAGCCUCUUCUGCAUGCUAAACUCUGUGAGGACGUAGAGGACGAGAAGAUGAUUGAGAAGCUGAGGCUCACACUUUUCAUCUGCUGCACCAUACUUAUCAUGUUAACCACCACAGGGCCUAUUACUUUUGUCCAGCUGCGUGGCUACUGCUUCAAGCUUUACAGAAAUGUGAUUGUUAGAUUUGUGGAUGGAGGCCCAAAAGUGGCUGCUGACAAUCAAUUCAUGUACGACGUCUACUUAUGCUUCAGUUCUAAAGACAUCAAAUGGGUGACAAAGGCACUGCUGGAAAAGCUAGACACACAGUUCUCUGAUCAAAAUGAACUGCGUUGCUGCUUCGAAGCACGAGACUUCAUACCAGGAGAAGAUCAUCUAUCUAACAUGCGUAAUGCAAUCUGGAAGAGUAAGAAAACGUUAUUCAUCUUGUCCAGAGAGUUCUUCAAGGAUGGCUGGUGCUUGGAGGCCUUCAGUCUGGCCCAGACCAAGAUGCAAAAAGUAGUCCAGGAUGUCUCACUGGUGCUUCUUGUAGACAACAUACCACAUUAUAGAUUGAUGAAGUACGAACCAGUCAGAACCUACUUCCAAACCAGGAGGUAUCUCUGCUGGCCAGAAGAUUACCAGGACUUGGAGUGGUUUUACAGCCAUCUUAAACAAAGUAUAUUAAAAGACACCAAAAUCAAGAGUAAAGUGAAGAAAGAUGUUGAUGAUGAAACAAACCACAAACUGACAACUGUGAAGAACUGUGAAGCUGUAACUGCUCUUUGAUCCAUGGAUAUAUAAAUGAAAAGAUAUGAAAAACACGAUACCACAUAAAAACUGUGAAUGAAUUAGUCAGUGGAUUAAUGUACCCACUAAUCUGGCCACCUACAGAUGGGGCACCAUACAAAAAGUGUUACACAUGAAAUGUCUAUGUACAAAUACAGUACAUUUUGUGGAAUAUCCAGAAGUUUGUUCAAUUGUAACAGUUAUUACCAUUUUUCUUCAUUAUCUCAAGUUAAUAAGCCAAAAAUAAUGGUCAUGUUGAUCAUGUUGCUGAAAAACCACAAACUCGUCUGGAAGGUCUUGAAGAUGUCAGAAACCCUGAAAACCUCAGAUUUGUUCCAAAGCACUCUGGAAAUUCCAUCCAGUAAUUGUUAAAUAUUCAAUUUCAAUUCAAUUCAGUUUAUUCGUAUAGCACCUUUUACAACGGACAUUGUUUCAAAGCAGCUUUACAGAAGAAGAGAAGCAGAGAAAGGAGAGGAAAAAAAUAUUAAAUUAAAUUAUUAAACUAUUCUAUCCCUAUUUUAUCUCUAAUGAGCAAGCCUGUGGCGACGGUGGCAAGGAAAAACUCCCUGUGAUGACAUGAGGAAGAAACCUUGAGAGGAACCAGGCUCAGAAGGGAACCUCAUCCUCAUUUGGGUGACACUGGACAGUAAAUAAUGUAACUGUAACUAAUUAAUGUCCUUUCUGCAACAGCAAUCAAGGGCCCAUGAGGAACUAUUAGGUCACUGUAGAAACAGACAUCGUCUUAGAGAAAACCUGUGGCUUUAUGUGCCAUUACCUGUGUAAGUAAGAAAAAGUGCAUUAAUAUAAACCUGUGAUUUGGAGACGUACUAUUAUCAGGGCUUCUGACAGUCAUGGGGAAAACAAACAGCUGAAAUUAAUCAGUACCUUUUCAUCCAACAGUGCUGUGAAGUCAAUAAAUAUCAACUACUUGUUGAUACAGUGACACUUACCCCAAAUGUAAUUUAUCAGCCAAGUACCAGCCAUGCUGUUCACUACUACCAGAUCAAAGCUCUGUCCCACUGCACAGCCUCCAGGUAUCUGUAGAAAGAAGUAUUUACGUAUUUGCAUCAUCGUGGGACAAUUUUAGCCCAUUCCUCUGGGCAAACUUAAUUCCCAGUUAAGAUUCCCCUGGGAGAAAAAAUCUCAAAAUCCUCAACAAAUAUUCAAUAGCAUUCAAGUCAGGCAAGCAAUUUAAGUUUCAUUAUUACAAACCGUUCUUGAGUAAUUUUGGAUGAAUCUUGGUAUAUUUAGGUGUUCAACAAUUUACAAUUCAUUCAUGUUUCCUUCCAUGACAUGUACCAUUUGCAGAGAGGCAUGCCUAUAUUUUGAUGCUCACAGCUCCACACUUCUCUGUGGGUAUGGUAUCUUUCUUCUAUUGCCAAAGAGAUCUAUCUGAAUGCUUUAGUAAAAAUACAGAAAUACUGUGGAAUACACUGUAUUGCCAAAAGUUUUGGGACACCCCGACAAAUCAUUGAAUUCAGGGGUUGGGCUUGGACACUUAGUUCCAGUGAAAGGAGCUCUUAAUGCUUCAGCUCCCAAUUUUGUGGGAAGAGUUUGGGGAUGACCCCUUCCUGUUCCAACAUGACUGCACACCAGUGCACAAAGCAAGGUCCAUAAAGACAUGGAUGAGCGAGUUUGGUGUGGAGGAACUUGACUGGCCUGCACAGAGUCCUGACCUCAACCCCACAGAACACCUUUGGGAUGAACUGGUGCACUGGUGUGCAGUCAUGUUGGGAGUCAGGAAGGGUGCAGUCAGGAAGGGGUCAUCCCCAAACUGUUCCCACAAAGCAUGAAAUUGUCCAAAAUGUCUUGGUAUGAAGCUGAAGCAUUAAGAGUUCCUUUCACUGGAACUAAGGGGCCGAGUCCAACCGCAGAAAUACAACACCUGAAUUCAUUGAUUUGGAGGGGCGUCCAAAACUUUUGGCAAUAUAGAGUAUGAUGAAACAGGUGCAGAAUAGGGAUAAUCCAUGCAAAUGUACCAAUUGUGUUUUUGUGAUACACUGAAUUAUGUAAUUACAGGCAUAAAAACUGCACACAAUGUUAUUAUAUGGAAAUCCUAGCUUUUAUCAAGUUAUCAAUGUUUAUCAAUGUUGUAUUGUAACCGAAAAGCAUUUUUAUUUAAAAAGAAAAGUUUACAACAACUUCUAAUGAUUGUAAGAAACAAAAUUUCAUUACUGUUGAUACUUGAUUUAAACAAUAAAUAAUUAAACAAUGGAAAUACU